CCGUGCUUGGGGAGCUUCACGCCUAUCCCGCAUACAAUCCACCACCCCCAUCUAUCCACCCCAUCACUCCUACCACAAACUAGAGUCGCAUCAAGAAUAAUUUGUCAAUUCCUUGGUCGCGCUCAUGGCUCCCCUGACCAGGGUGUCGGGCUCGGGCGCCCCGACCGGGUUUACCUCCGUCAAUCCCCAUCAACAUGCGCCCGAUGAUACGGACGUCAUCGAGAUUAUUGAUGACGACGACGAGCCUAUGGAUGAGGGCGAGGAUCUCGAAUCCAAUGACAAUGAAGAGGAUAUGGAGCAAGCCGAAGAGGAAGAGGAAGAGGAAGAGGACGACGGAGAAGAAGAAGAAGAAGAAGAAGAAGAAGAGGAGGAGGAAGAAGAUUACGAUGAUGGAGAAGACGGGUCAGAGAACAACUCCGCCGAGGAUUCGAAUAGCAGUGAAUCGCCUUUGGAACUCAGCCCCCCUCCCACCGCGCAGUCCGGGAUAGACAUGAUGCCUGUCGAUGGGCAAGUGGAUGGCCGCGCGUUGAACGGGAGUGCUGAUGCUGCUACACCGGAACUAUUCACCUCAGCAGGUGCAAAGAAAGCUAUGGGUUCUCUUCGCCAUACUGCGGACCGUGUGACGCGUCAGAUCGAGGACUUCGCAGAGAGGCUGGAUCGCUUCAAACGGCGGGGAAGCCGGGCGGAUGAACUCGAUGACUACAAGGCUGCCUACCAGCUGGUGAGAAGCUACCAACAGCUCGCGCACGAAGAGCACCAAGCGAUUGAAAAAGAAGCCACCUUGAAGCGCGCAAAGCUGGGGUUUGGCGCCAACCGGGUCGACGGAAAGAAGGAUCCCAAGACAGAAGAAGACUUGGCGCGAAUGAAACUCGAGGAAAACACCUGGCAACUAUUCUGCAACCUCAUCACUGUUGCCACCCCAAUCCGUGUCGCCAAAUCGAAAGAGAGACAGGCAACUGCCUUCCAGAACCUGCACCGCUACUCAACAGACCGUGAAGUUUGGGAACAGUUCCUCGACUCGGACGCAUACGCGGUAGAAUGCGUGGUGAUUCUGAAAUGGCUCGAGUACACCGCCAAGCAUUCAUCUUCCCCCAAGGAUAUCGACAAUCUGAUCGCGAAGCUGGAAACGCAAGCCGAGAGAGGCCAGGGAUCUUGGUCUUUCGGCUGGCUUUACACCAAGGAGACGAUCAAGGGACACAAGCGAUUACGAGCCUGGCCUCAGCCCCUGGAGCCUAACGACGCUGGAAUCACCGCUUCGCUGUUGAAGUCAGAUGACUCAGAACCCUUGGUCACGCAGUUGGAUCCCGAUGCGGUCACACGACAGAAGCAGAAUCUCCAGAAACAGGACCAAUACUAUGAACGUGCCACCUGGAUGACAUGUUGGAAGAUGCUUAGAGAGGGCGAGAACUGGUCGAAGAUCCGGGACUGGGCCGCAGAAAGGCUGGAGCCCUGGAGGGCCGUCAGCAUCUGCGGCUCUAGUGUUGACAUGAAGGCUCACAGGGGACGGACUCCUGUCGACGACGGGCACACACGCUUCAUGAAUUGGCGGUCUCAGGAGUCUUGGGGUGCCGCCUGCAGUGCUCUUGCGCGGAACCCAAAGAUCGAAGACUUUGAGCGAGCCGUUUAUUCGUUGCUUUGUGGCGAGACAGAAGCCGCCUUCAAGGUUUGUCAAAAUUGGGAUGAUUUCCUUUACGUUCAUUUCAACCGCGUUGUAAUCUCCCGCUAUCAAGGAUUCUGCAAACAGUUGCAACGGAAGUUGAGUCAUUCGCCCACUGCGCCAGUGGCUUUUGUUGCAGAACCCGCAGGCUAUGAUGAAGUGAAAAAGUUCAUUGAAUACACCAGAGGACAUGAACGCGUUGGCCUCGAGGCUCGUAACCCAUACCGCACUAUUCAAGCAGCCAUCUUGUCCCGCGGGUAUGACGAGUUCUUCUGGACACUGGCCCAUGCAGUCUCACAGGCCGCAAAUGACGCAGCGAAAGGCUCAUCUCUGGUUCCUGAAUUGUCGUUUGUGGAGGUAGAGAAGAGCCUGCUGAUUACGGCCAAUGACCGCGAUGCCUUACGGAUUGCAACUCAUCUGCUCAUUAUCACUCGGCGCCUUGGACUGGUACGAUCGGACACCAGGUACCACGAAGACACGUCUGUCAAUCUCAUUGGGUACAUCUCCAACCUUGAGGACGCUGGCGUUGUGGAACUUAUCCCUCUUUAUGCCUCGCUUCUUCCAGCUCACCUCAUGAGAAUUGCUCUGGCACGGGUUCUGAUUGAGAUCAUUGACCGAUCUAGACGGACGCGUCUGGUCGAAGUCAUGGAGAAACAUGGAAUCAAUGUCGAAGAGAUUUUGGAGACCCAAUGGGAGUAUGUAAGCCAAAGAGUGUCCGCUAUCGACCAUUCGCGGACAACGAAGCAAACCUCUAAGGUUGUGACACGACAUGAUGGCGAUCGCGAAUUGGUUAUGCCUAGGCAUGACUAUAUCGGAACCGAGAUCUCCGACAUAGAUGAACGAGUGAUUCGCAGUCUUGAAUGGCUCCGCCAUGUGGACGGACAAUGGGGCAGGAUCUGUCAGCUCGGAUCCCAGGUAUACCGGCGAUUCUAUCUAUCCGGGAAUUUGGCAGCUGCGAGGCAAUUGAGCAAGCGCAUGAAUCUUUCUGCCAUUUCGCGAGAAUCCUUUGGAUUUGAUGUGGCGGCCUAUGCGUUCGAUCUCGCAUACGGACAGGAGCCUACUGGCUCGGAGCCUUCCAGCCCCAUCAAGAGCAGACUGUUUAAUUCUCCCCACAAACGGAGUCGCUCCAAGACAAACGGCAAACCAGCUGUGGGUGACACCAACAUUUUGCUACAACAGUCGCAAGUGAUGCGUGACCUAGAAAGUUUGAUUGUCGCGUUUGAUGGGAUGGAGAAAUUCGCCCUCGCUAUGGAGAAAUAUGAUCGGACGAGACGUGGGCGGGACACCGGCGCCAUCAAAGAUCUUCGUGAACAGGUUCAAGAUGCUUUGGAUCUAGUCAGCAUACCGAUCGACCAGAUGCUCGGCGAGUGGCUCGUCGGUGCUGAGACCGCGUCCGAGCAGGAAGAGUUAGAACAAAUCCGGACCAUGUACAUUCCCGAGGUCUUCCUGGAUUAUCACAAUGCUCUUUACUUCUCUGCUCGUGUUCUCAACAGCGAGCUUCUUGUGCAGUGCAUGAACCUCGCGAUCCAGGUUUCAGAGAACGAGCUGUUGACGCGCAGCUUUGUGGCCGCGCGCCGAAUGCAAGAGCUGAUGGAUGCGUUGGCGUUGGCCAGCAAAGCCAUGGUCAACACCCGAGCGAAGCCCGGGGUGAGACUCUUGGGAGGCGAACAGUUAGGGCUCUGGAACGUGGACACGACCGAUGGGGAUGAGCUCGACAGCAGCAUGGUGCAGUGAAGUCACCCCCUAUCUUAGACGUGUAAUUACUACUCUUGUAAAAUGGCACAAGAAAUGGAACGACGGAUUGGCAUGAUGCGUGUGUAUGUACAUUAGCCUCCUCUUUGCUUUUGUGUUUUUUUUUCUCUUUUGUGGUUCUGUCCUAGCUGUCAUUCUAUGGUCACGGUGAAUAUUUGCAUGUACGCUGGAUUGGGCCGGACUGGGACAUUGAGCAAAUGGCUAGGGAAGUCAUUUUCAGGCGCAUUUGACUAGGUAGGGUUUGCAAUGCAAUACGGGUCU